AUGGAUGAGAAGCAGUUAAAAGCAAGCUUAAUGAAGUAUUUCGGAGAGACAGCAGCAAAAAUAACCAAAGAAACAACCGAAGAUGAGAUCAAACGCAUUUAUGCUGCACGGUCAGCAACAUAUGACGAGGAACAUUCAGCGGCGCACACUUUAUAUUUCAAGCCACUCGCCGAAUCUUUGCAUAACGCCCUUAAAGAAGUUAAACAGGACAAACCAAAGGAUCAGAUCAAAAUCAUUGACGUUGGAGCUGGGACAGGGCUUAUAGGAGUUGAGCUCAAGAAACUCGGAUACACCAAUCUAUGUGCUUUGGACAUCUCAGCUGAGAUGUUAAAGGAAGCAAAGAAAAAAGAGGUCUAUACUGAGUUCAUCUGUACGUCUUUGAACGGGCAGCCGAUACCUCAGAUUGAAUCUGGGCAAUUUGAUGCUUUGAUUUGUGGUGGGGCGCUCAUUGCAGGGCUUAUCGGCUCCUCUGCUUUCGUCAAAACUUCUUCUUACUGA